CCUUCGUUUCCGAUCUCACCUUUCCGACACCGAAACCCUCGAGCGUCUCCUCUCGAAGACAACCAUGGACGGAAGCAGCAAGGUGAAGAAGGGCGCCGGCGGCCGGAAGGGCGGUGGCCCCAAGAAGAAGCCCGUCUCCCGCUCCGUGAAGGCCGGUCUCCAGUUCCCAGUUGGUCGUAUCGGUCGGUUUCUCAAGAAAGGCCGCUAUUCCCAGCGCGUAGGCUCCGGUGCCCCCGUCUACCUCGCUGCCGUCCUUGAAUACCUCGCCGCUGAGGUGCUGGAGCUUGCGGGGAACGCAGCGAGAGAUAACAAGAAGAAUCGGAUCAUUCCCAGGCAUCUGUUGUUGGCGGUGAGGAAUGAUGAGGAGUUGGGGAAGCUGUUGGCUGGGGUUACCAUCGCUCAUGGUGGAGUGCUGCCGAAUAUCAAUCCAGUGUUGUUGCCCAAGAGAUCGACUGCUGCCAAAGAGCCUAAAUCGCCAUCUAAGGCCACCAAAUCACCCAAGAAGGCUUGAAUUGUUGCUUUGAUUUCGGGGCUUUGAUUACUCUCUUUGUUUUUUCACCGUGCAUGUAGUUUGUUGGAUUUCAGAUAGAUGUACUGAUCCUUUGUAGUUUCAUUCCCUUUGAAACUUUAAUGGAUAGUUGUGGUUGGAUUAGGAAUCAUGAAAAUUUGCUCACUUGUUUC